CAAUAUGAAUAUCCAGUUAUAUUUUCACUUUCUAAAUCAGACACCUGGGCGAACGACUAGAGAAGGAAGUUGAUGUGGCUCAGACCUCAGACAGGUGGCCCUGAAUGCUGUUGCCAGGCAUAAGGAUGGAACUGCAAACUUUGCUGUACUUCUGUGGUCUUCAAGUUCUAGUGGUCAUUCUCAACCUUUGUCCCUCUGUCGCAGUAACAGAGAAACAAAGUGAAGAGAAGCACAAGGCAACGUCUCCGUUUACCAUCAAGAACCAGGCAUUGCCUUGGGAUAACAUCAGGCUUCCACAAGCUGUCAAACCUUUGCAUUAUGAUCUCCUUAUCCACCCCAACUUAACUUCCCUUGAUUUCACUGGGUUUGUUCAGAUCCAGUUGGAAGUUUUGCAGGAGACCAGCGCUAUCAUUCUACACAGCAAGGACUUGCACAUCUCCAAGGCAGAGCUUGUAGAAUCAGGCAGAACUCAUCCUCUUCAGGUUCUCGAACUUCCAUCCAACCAGCAAGUGGCUCUUCUGUCCAGCGAUGUCAUAGUUAAGGGUCGUCAGUGUGCAGUUUCCCUCACAUUUGCUGCCAAUCUUUCCGAGACCUUUCACGGCUUCUACAAAAGCACGUACCGUACACGCAACGGAGAUGUCAGAGUUCUUGCCUCCACGCAGUUUGAGCCCACCAGCGCACGCUCUGCCUUCCCCUGCUUUGAUGAACCAGCUUUCAAAGCUAAUUUCUCUAUUCGGAUCCGUCGAGAGGCCAGGCACGUUGCUCUCUCCAACAUGCCAAGGGUGAAGACAGUCGAGCUGCCCGAUGGAAUCCUGGAGGACCACUUUGACACCAGUGUGAAGAUGAGCACCUACCUGGUGGCUUUUCUUGUGUCUGACUUUGUGUCCAUCAGCAAGACCAGCCUGCAUGGAGUCAAGAUUUCGGUAUACACGGAACCUGAGAAGAUCUCCCAGGCAGAGUUUGCACUGGAUGCUGCAGUGAAGCUCCUAGACUUCUAUGAGGAUUACUUUGACAUCCCAUACCCACUACCCAAACAAGACUUGGCUGCUAUACCUGACUUCCAGGUGGGAGCCAUGGAGAACUGGGGUCUUACAACCUACCGGGAGUCUGCUCUUCUAUUUGAUCCCACAAAGUCCUCGGCUUCCGAGAAGCUGGGAAUCACCAUGAUUAUUGCCCAUGAGCUGGCGCACCAGUGGUUUGGAAACCUGGUGACCAUGCAGUGGUGGAAUGACCUGUGGCUCAAUGAGGGAUUUGCAAAGUUUAUGGAGUUUGUAUCAGUCAGCGUCACCCACCCUGAGCUGCAAGUGGAAGAUAUUUUCCUCGACAAGUGUUUCUCAGCAAUGGAAGUGGAUGCUCUGAGCUCCUCACAUCCAGUCUCCACCCAUGUGGAGAACCCCACACAGAUAGAGGAAAUGUUUGAUGAUGUCUCGUAUGAAAAGGGAGCUUGCGUCUUGAACAUGUUGCAGGAUUUCCUCAGUGCCGACGCUUUUAAAAACGGAAUUGUCCGCUACCUCCGGCGGUACAGCUACAAGAACACGGUGACCAGUGACCUAUGGAAUAGUCUGACUAAUGUCUGUGAGCAUGAUGAGCAGGAUGAGGGGCGACCGAGAGGCGAUGGUUUCUGCUCCAGGACCGAGUCCCAGCCUGCAGCUUCAGACAAACUGGACGUGCAGGGGAUGAUGGACACCUGGACAUUGCAAGAAGGGUUCCCUCUGAUCAGCGUGGAGGUUAAAGGUCGAGAGGUCCGAUUAAGUCAAGAGAGAUAUCUUAAAAGCGCGGAGUCUUCGAAGACGUCAGGGUUCCUGUGGCACAUUCCACUAACCUACAUGACCAGCAAGUCCAGCACAGUCCAUCGCUUUCUUCUAACAACCAAAACCGAUGUUCUGUACCUGCCGGGUGAGGUGGACUGGAUCAAAUUCAAUGUGGACAUGAACGGGUAUUACAUUGUCCACUAUGAGGCAGGAGGCUGGGAUACUUUGACUGAUCUGCUCCAGCGGAACCACAUGGCGCUGAGUAGCAAUGACAGGGCCAGUCUCAUUAGCAGCAUCUUUCAGCUCGUCAGCAUAGGGGAAGUUCCACUCGACAAAGCCUUGGACCUGUCGCUGUACCUGAGCAAGGAGAGGCAUAUCAUGCCAGUGAUGCAGGGGUUCAGUGAGCUCGUGCCCCUCUACAAACUCAUGGAGAAGAGGGACAUGGAAGACCUGGAGAAACAGAUGAAGGGCUACAUUGUGAACCUCUUCCGAGAUCUGAUUGACCUCCAGUCGUGGACUAACGAUGGCUCGGUGUCUGAAAGGAGGCUGCGCAGCUACUUACUGCUCUUUGCAUGCGUGCGUGGUUACCAGCCGUGCGUCGACAAAGCCACCGCUCUCUUUGUCAAGUGGAAGAAGUCCAAUGGCACCAUGAGUCUUCCCAGCGAUGUGAGCCUGGCGGUUUACUUUGUGGGUGCCCGCUCUCCUGAGGGAUGGGACUUCCUCUUUGAGACAUACCGCCAUUCCUUGUACACAUCACUCAAGUUCCAGAUUAAAGCUGCGCUCACCAGCAGCCCUCUGACGGAGAAGCUCCGAUGGAUAAUGGAGCAGAGCUUGGAAGGAGACGUGGUGAAGACCCAAGACCUGCCUUCAGUGCUGGUCAGCGUCAGCAAGAACCCGAAGGGCUACAAGCACGCCUGGGACUUCCUGAGAGCAAAUUGGGACAGGCUGGUGAAGAAGUUUGAACUUGGAUCUCAGACCAUCGCAAACAUUGUGACUGAAGUGACCGGCAGCUACUCCACCAAGGAGAUGCUGGAAGAGGUGCGCAGUUUCUUCAGCUCCAAGCUGGAGGGGACUGGAAUGGAACUGCGCUGUGUCCAGCAGGCACUGGAGAACAUUGAAGAGAACAUCCGCUGGACAGACAAGAACCUUCCUCUGCUUAAAGCCUGGCUGGACAGGCAAGGUUCACUGCAGAGAGAAUAAAGAGUACCAUUUUGUGGAACACGGGUGAGCCUGUAUUGGGUUUGAUGGCUGACAAGAAAAUUUCCCAGUUUCCACAGCUGCAUUUCUCUCAACCUUUGUAACACCAUACGACUGAGGAAAGGUUUGAGAUGGACACUAGGAUUGAAUUUGAUUUUACGGUAGACAUUUUUGGAUGAUGCUCAGGAAAAUGCCUUUUUGGUUGUAUUCUUAUACUUUAACUUGGGUGAUAGAUUUCCUAUACAGAUUCCAAACAAGUGAUGGAUAAGUUUGUUUCUUAAACAGCACAUUCAUUCACAUAUUUGUAUUUACUUUUGAUUUAUUUAGCAGAUGCUUUUGUCCAGAGCAGGUCAAUCAGGAAAUCUUGAGGCUCCAUAACGCAGGAGCUGUGGUCAGAUGUUUCAUGCGCUGGAAAGGGAGAUAGGCUGCUGUCCUUUAAACAAACGCCACAAGACAAGACAGCACAGAAAACAUUUUACUUUUCCUUCUAGUUUGCACUAUAAGUGUAUGGGGACAGAUGGUAGUGUAGUGGUUUGCGCUACUGCCUUUGGAUCCAAAGCUUGCAGGUUUGAUCCCC